UGCAGUGCUUUGAGGUGUAACAGUUAAAUGCUUCCAGCUAUCUUUGAAGAAGGAUGUACUAUUGGUAUGAAGAACAAAGACAUUUUAUUCUGAAAAAAAAAACUAAAGGCAUGUCUGACUUUCUUAUUAGUGAAAUGGCUAUAUAGCAUGCCAGAAUAAAAUAUAUAUAUAUACUUAGGAAAAUGUCUAGUACUAGACUUAAGCAUUCAGUUGCUAGAGGUGGCACUGUUAGACAUCUUGGUUUUACGAGCCAGAAGAGUUUUGGAUCUGCUCAUGCCCAUGGUAAAGAAGAACUAGAGACAUCUCAUUGUAUCACUGGUGUAGCAAUGGCUGUUCCAGAAACAAAAAGUCAUUCAUUUCAAAUUAAAGUGGAAAAGAUGCGACAACAUAUCCCACCUGCUGAGUCAGCUCAAGUAAAAUUGGAAAAACUUAAAGAACAUACCCCACCUACUACUAAAAAGAAUAAGAUGGUUGUAAACAAAUCUGUUCAGACUUAUGCAACUGAGAAAAAUAUUCAAGAAUGUAAAGAAUUGCUGGUCAAAUGUCAAGUUUUGGAAGCACAGCUGAUGGAAAAAGAAGACACAAUAAGAAACUUAAACCAAUCACUUCAGAACAAGAAUACUGAAUUCGUAAAAGCUGUAGAAAUUGAACAAAGAAGGCAUGAGGAAACUAAAUGUAAAAUGAAGAGAACUGAAACAUUGUUGAUGGAGAAAGCACAACUACUUCAAGACACCACAAAUAAUUAUGAAGAAACGAUUCAGAAGCUAAAGAAAGAACACGAAGAAGCAGUUGCUAUUUUGAAAAUGCGGUCAGAAUCAGAGAUCAACCACAGAGAUAACAAAAUCACAAAUCUAAAGAAACAGAUUUCUGAUAUAUUAAAGGGAAAAUCCUGGGAGCGGCAGCAGCAGUUAGAAGAACUUAGAAAAGAAUUGGAGAAUCUAACAGAAGAAGCUCAGUUCCUUCAGAGAAAACUUAAGGAGGAGCAGUUGAACAAGCAGGAAUGUGCAAACUGUAGAUCUAUGGCACAGAAGCUGGAAGAAAAGACUUUGCAACUGAGGCUUAAGGAGCGAACAGUAGAAGAACUUCAAGCCAUCUGUAGGAAGACUGAAAAACAGCUGGCACAGCAAGUAUAUUAAAGUGCUAAAUGGCUAUCUGAAAUUGGUUUAUACCCAGAACCUCUGGUAAUAUGUCCAGAUUGAAGUGCAACAUUAAUUUGAAUGAUUUUUUUUUUGGGGGGGGGGGUUACAGUACCAGUAUUCGUAAUAUUUAUAAUGUUAUACAUCAACAUCAUUCGUGUAUCAGGCCAUUUUUAUUAGUUGUCAAUAAUCCCAGCAGGAUAUUAAUAGCUGUUUCACCAAGAGCCCUUUUCAAAUGCAGUAUUGUGUAACA